AUGGCUGCUCCCGCUCACAAGUUCAAGGUCGCCGACAUCUCUCUGGCCGCCUUCGGUCGCCGCGAGAUCGAGCUCGCCGAGAUUGAGAUGCCCGGUCUGAUGGCCAUCCGUCGCAGAUACGCCGCUGAUCAGCCUCUUGCCGGUGCCCGUAUUGCUGGUUGUCUUCACAUGACCAUCCAGACUGCUGUCCUCAUUGAGACCCUCGUUGCCCUUGGUGCCGAGGUUACCUGGACCAGCUGCAACAUCUUCUCCACCCAGGACCACGCCGCCGCUGCCAUCGCCGCCGCUGGUGUCCCUGUCUUCGCCUGGAAGGGUGAGACCGAUGAGGAGUACAACUGGUGCUUGGAGCAGCAGCUCUCUGCCUUCAAGGAUGACAAGAAGCUCAACCUCAUCCUUGACGACGGUGGUGACCUGACCUCCCUUGUCCACGAGAAGUACCCUGAGCAGCUCAAGGACUGCUUCGGUCUCUCCGAGGAGACCACCACUGGUGUCCACCACCUCUACAAGAUGAUGAAGGAGAACAAGCUCCUCGUCCCCGCCAUCAACGUCAACGACUCCGUCACCAAGUCCAAGUUCGACAACCUCUACGGUUGCCGUGAGUCCCUCAUUGACGGUAUCAAGCGUGCUACCGACGUCAUGAUUGCCGGAAAGGUCGCCGUUGUUGCCGGUUACGGUGACGUCGGCAAGGGCUGUGCUCAGGCUCUCCACAGCAUGGGUGCCCGUGUCCUGGUCACCGAGAUUGACCCCAUCAACGCUCUCCAGGCCGCUGUCCAGGGCUUCGAGGUCACCACCAUGGAGAAGGCCGCUCCCCUUGGUCAGAUCUUCGUCACCACCACCGGUUGCCGUGACAUCCUCGUUGGCGAGCACUUCGAGGUCAUGCGCAACGAUGCCAUCGUCUGCAACAUCGGUCACUUCGAUAUCGAGAUUGACAACAUCAAGCCCCAGGUUGACCGUUACCUGAUGGCCAACGGCCGCCACAUCAUCCUCCUUGCUGAGGGUCGUCUUGUCAACCUUGGCUGUGCCACCGGUCACUCUUCCUUCGUCAUGUCCUGCUCCUUCUCCAACCAGGUCCUUGCCCAGAUCGCCCUCUACAAGGCCGAGGAUGCUGCGUUCGGCAAGAAGUACGUCGAGUUCGGCACCACUGGCAAGAAGCCCGUCGGCGUCUACGUCCUCCCCAAGGUUCUCGACGAGCAGGUUGCUCUGUGCCACCUUGAGCACGUCAACGCCGAGCUCUCCAAGCUCACCCCUGUCCAGGCUGAGUACCUUGGUCUCCCUACCGAGGGUCCUUACAAGGCCGACCACUACCGCUACUAA